AAGGCCGAACGCAUUACAUCCUUUGCCGCUUGCUGGGCCAACACCGAAUCCACGCGACCACGCUCGGCGCCCAUCGAAAAACCCUCUCCUCUCCCGGACAGGCGGACAGCGGCAAGCUGGCCACCGCGUCACCGCCUCUACAGCCCCAGGCUCCACUGCUAAACGCCGGUAAUGGCCCAGGCUCCGGCGCGCGCCGCUUCCGCCGUACGUCUCUUCGACGCGCACUGCCACCUGCAAGACCCCCGCAUCGCGGCCGUCGCCCCUGCCCUUAUACGAGCCGCCGGCGCAUCCGGCGUCGCACGCUUCGCUGUCAACGGCACCUCCGAGAAGGACUGGCACCUGGUGAAGCAGAUGGCCGAGGAUCACCCAGCCGUCGUCCCCUGCUUCGGCCUGCACCCUUGGUGGGUACCCGAGAGGUCGCCGGAUUGGAUGAAUUUGCUCCGGCGGUUCUUCGCCGAAACCCCGGAGGCGGCUGUUGGGGAGAUUGGUCUGGACAAAGGUUCACAUGGAAAAACCAUCAACUUCGGAGAACAGGUCCAUAACAACAGCAAACUCUUAUCACAGGUUGAAGUGUUCCAGCGACAGCUCGAACUAGCUAAGGAAUUGGAGAGACCUGUUUCUGUUCAUUGUGUGCGGGCAUUUGGUGAUCUUCUGGAAGUAUUGAAGCAAACUGGACCUUUCCCAGCAGGCGUGUUGUUACAUUCUUAUAUGGGAUCUGCAGAAAUGGUGUCUGCCCUUGCAAAUUUAGGCUGUUACUUUUCACUAUCUGGCUUCUUGACAGGCAUGAAAUCCACUAAAGCUAAGCACAUGCUGAAGUCGAUUCCCCUGGAUAGGAUUCUUUUAGAGACAGAUGCACCUGAUGCAUUACCAAGAUUGGACAAUGUUUCUGUAUCACCAGUCCAUGUUCACAGUUCAGAUGCAGAUACUGAAAAGCGUCACAUGGAUUCAGAGUCACAGGCUGCUAAUGCAUCAAAUGAGUCCUUGAACCAUCCAGAAAAUAUCCAUAUUGUUUUGGAGUAUGUCGCAUCACUCCUUGAAAUGACAGAGUCAGAAUUGGCGGAGUUGAGUUACAAGAAUGCUACCAAGCUGUUUUCUUAUCCUGGCUCCAAAGUUCAACAUGAACCUGAAGACAUCUAAAUCGGGUUCAACACUACCUUACUCACUGGGUCCUCCCAGACACAAUGUUUGAGAAACUGAAAUGGCUGUACAUCACUGUUAAUAUUGGUGAAAUAAAACAGAUACCGAAUCAAAGUAGUGCAACUGGUUUCCUUAAAAAAAAAGUCUCUGAUUUUUUGUUUGACGAGAAGUACAGCACUAGUUAGCAACAAGACAUCCAAAUCAGUGGUAUCCAUUGUUUUCAUGUUGCCAUUGAAUGAUGAACCGUAGAGAAAACAGCCAGCGUUCCUUUUUCCUACUGGGGCAGUAGUUUUUGGCCCUGAAGGUUACGAGAGAGAGAGACGCUGAUUUUGCCUUAAAAAUAGUAACCUGAAAACAGUCUGCGUAAUGAGGAUUUAGUUGAUAGUACCUCUAGUUUUUUAUUUGACGCUGGUUAGUUCAAUUUUGUACUAAAAAUCGUCAAAUAAAAUCAGAUGGAGUACUACAUUGUAGGUUUCAGUGGCAACGUCUGAGUUCUGACUUGAUAACCUGUUAGCAGAGUUGACUUGCAUCCCUACAGGCUACGGUCUACAGGGAUGGGCUGGUUCUGGUUGUAACGAAACAGAGCGAGAGGAGGGACAUAGGGCCUGUUUGUUCAGCUUUUUUGUGACCAGCUUUUCCAAGAAUCUAGCUGUAGGGAGAAUCUGGCUGUGUAGAGAAUCUGAGUAUCAUUAGGAUUACGUGCGGAGGAAGAUAAAGUUGUCCAUGAGGCUCAGAUGUAUAAAGCGACGGAUUACUACUAUUGCGAUGAUUCAACUGAUUAUAUGUUUAUGUUGAUUU